CUUGGCCAGUGGAUGGCUUUUGAGCUGAGCAGCAAGCUUGUUCCUGUCACAUAGGCAGUGGCUGUUCAACAGCUCUCAAGAAAGGACCUCACUCUAAGCUCACAAAGUAUAGCUUAGCAUCACACCACACUAUUGUCAGCACUGCAGGCUGGAAAGCAGUGUGGACUGAAUCUCAGCCUUCCAAGUAUUCUUGACAAUGGCAUCUCAUUUCGGACUUACAUUCUUUUUCUUCUUAGUUUGGAUGGUGUGCCUCACUAUACAGGACCCUUUUCUUACAAAAGAUAUUAAAACCUCAAAUUGCAGAAUUGCUGGAAUCACUCAUAUUGAACACAAGAAUCAAGCUGGCUUUAAUUUCCAUGAAGCACAAGCUGCAUGCAGACAGCUUGGGCUAAUCCUAGCACACAAGUCUCAAGUUGAAAAAGCAUGGAAGCAUGGCUUUGAAACCUGCAGUUUUGGCUGGGUAGCUGAAGGAUUUGCUGUCAUUUCACGGAUCACUCCACAUCAAAAUUGUGGUCAAAAUAAAACUGGAGUAGCCAUCUGGAGACUUGCAGACCACAGGAAAAUCCGUGCUUAUUGUUAUAAUACUUCAGACACAUGGAUCAAUUCUUGCAUUCCAGAAGCAAAUACAGUUGCAUUAACAGAUAUUUCUACUGAGAUGAACUCUACCUCAACGCUCUUACCUCAGGACACUUCAGCAAUACAUCAAACCUCGGAAUUACUGCAAACCAAAAGUCUUCUGCAGACCAAAAGUCCUCAGAAACUGUAUCGCGUUAUAUGUGUCACAGAAAUGUUAACACCAAAGCCAACUACUGAAGAAGAACUCAUAUUUUCACCCAACAAACGAACCGCCUUUAAAAAUGAGGGCAUCCAGUUUGGAGGUGUACCCAUUGCUCUUCUUGUCCUUGCCCUUAUCUUCUUUGUAGUUUCAGUACUUUUAGCUGUCUGCUAUAUCAGAAAAUACAAGCAAACUUUUCCAUUUUCAAACAAGGAGGAGAAGAAAGAAGAAAUUGAGACCAAGAAGAUCAAAGAAACAAAGACAACUGGCAAAACUCCAGAACAAGAACCAAUGAAUGGGAAAAAAGCAGAAGAACCUCAGCCCAAGCCUGAAACACAUGUAAAAUGUUUGGAAGCAGAAGUUUAAAAAAAGACAUCCAAAUGGACAGGUCUUAGAUGACCAAAGCCAAAAAUUAGCUGAUGGUGUAUAUACGGAUUAUGGUAAAUACUACAAAUUUAUUGUUGUGUCUGAUACACACAAUUUGUGGUUUGCACAUAUUACGUACACCUUUGUUAUCAUGAAACAUGACCAAAGCAGAGCAUUUUUAAUUACAGGAAUGCCCGUACAGAUUUUCAGGUAUGUUCAGUGAGUGUAAUGAAUGCCAAAUAUUAAUUUCAGUAAUAAUAAAUAACAGAAUUAUUAAGCAUUGGUCCCAACUGUGGCAAUAACUGUGUUUGGAAACCUAGUUCUCCCAAACAUUCAAACAAAUCCAGUUCCUCAACAAAGAAUUUCAAUUAGAAACCUCCAUAGAAAUACUGUAACACUGUGGUUGUAGUGCUGGCUAGAAAAAAAUGUUGCUACAGUUGUGGAUAUGGCAGCAGGUUGUCUCCUGCUGUUGUUUCAUUCAUUGUAGAAAUUAAAAAGUAAAGAACUUCAUGUAAAGGGAGAAGAGUCUGAUCGAUAUGGACACAAACCAGGCACAGAAUAUAUCAUAAAUACAUGUUCUAUCCAGAGAAAACUGGCCUCAAUUAGGGGUGGACAAAUGUGGCUCUUCAAGUAGACUUCAAGUUCUACAAUCCUUCACCAUGGGCUCUGCAGGAUAGGGCGAUGAGGGUUGCAACAUCUGGAGGGCCACAGUUGCUUACCCCUCAUUUAGGCCCACACUUCACUGUAGAACUCUGCACAGGUAGUCUUAUGACUCCAUCUUCUGUGUUUCUUUCACUCUUCUUGAAAUGUUCCAGAUACUAAAAUCACAGUACACAAAUAGAUUAUGAAAACAAAAAUCAGGACUGUAAAAUCUUCACCACCACUGCUAUUUCACUAAACAUGCAACCUGUAUAUUUACUAUAACGUGCAACUAUACACAGUUUUAUUCAGACUUUUGUCCCAUUGUAUUUUGUGGGUUUUAUACUUUGUUGCUGUAGCCACUCUCAUAACUGACCAGUUUAUUUAUUAAGAUUGCAUGAAAUUAGAUUAAAUAAGGGGCACUUAAUUAUUUCUAUAACACUGCCAA